AGAAACUUACUGUAAAGAAGAAAAAAGCACGCAAUCAAGAAGCAAAAAGGCUUUUCCUUCUUUCCUAUCAGGAUAUUCUUGCCUUUCCUAUGAACCAGACAAAUAUAUCAAUGCAGGUCGAGCACCUUAACAAUUAUUAAUGCAUUAGGUGGCCAAAAAAUAAACCACCUAUUUUACGGAUUAUCAAGCGUUUGGAAACCUGGCAAUGAAACAAUUGGACAAAAAUCCAACUCAUGCAUGCUUAUUACCAUGAAGCUCCUCAUCCUAAAUUUGGCGCCAGUUACCGGCUGGCCCCUGCCUCUAGGUUCUGGAUUCUUGCAAGGUAAGAGCCCCAAACCAAACAGCGAAAUGGGGAAGAAAAGAGAAAAGAUCAACAAAGCCAAAGAGAGUGGUAAGAGUCAGGAUCAAAACAUGGCUGAUGAAAUUGAAAAAGAGAUGAGCCCCGAAGUUCAAGAGGCUAAUGAGAUAGAAUAUGGAAAAUGCUCCGCCAACCAAGAGCCCCAUGAGGAAAACUCUGAAGAACCUCCAUCAUUUCAAGAAGAUGAAAAGAAAGUUGCAAUGGAAAUGAAGCAAAGACAAAAGAAGGCUCUGAUCGAAUUUAGGUGCAGAGUUGAAGACGCGAUUCUUGGGAAUUAUCUCUUGGGGAAAGCCAACAACUAUGGUUGUCGAAAAGAAAGCGCAAAGGCGAUAGAACAACUGAAAGAGAUCACACUCUGGGGUGUACCUUUGAUGCCAAGCAAACGCCAUGAAGGAACCGACAUUGUGUUGUUGAAAUUCUUGAAAGAAAAAGAUUACAAGGUUCAUGAGGCCUUUGAGAUGCUUCGGAAGACGUUAAAAUGGCGAAAGGAAUUCAAGGCUGAUGAAAUACUUGAAGAAAGUUUGGGUCCUGAUUUUGAAAAGGUGGCUUACCUAAAUAGCAGAGACAAGGAAGGUCACCCUCUUUAUUACAAUAUCUAUGGUGCUUUGAAUAAAUUACUUGGCUCAGAAGAGAAUUGUGAAAAGUUUUUGAGAUUGAGAGUUCAAUACAUGGAGAAGGGUAUCAAGGAACUCAAUUUUGAACCCGGUGGAACAGACUCUGUAGUUCAGAUUAUAGAUUUGAAGAACUCACCGGGGCCUGCCACAAAGGAACUUCGUUCCGUUUUCCGAAAAUCUUGGAUGUUGCUUCAAGAUCAUUAUCCUGAGCUCAUCCAUCGAAAUAUAAUCAUAAAUGUUCCCUUGUGGUACUAUGUAUCCCACGUGCUUUCUUCACGCCUGAAGAAAACUCAAAGAACGAACAGCAAGAUUGUUUUUGCCAGACCUGGGAAAGUCCCUGAGACUCUUCUCAAAUUUAUAUCUCCAGAAAACCUACCAGUUGAAUAUGGAGGUCUCAAAAGGGAGAAUGACAAUGAGUUUUUCUCAGAUGGCAAGGUUUCAGAGUUUAAGGUCAGAGCAAAUGCAUCUGAGAGCCUCCAAAUUCCAGCCCCUGAGGCGGGAGUGACAAUAGUUUGGGAUUUGACGGUGGUAGGAUGGGAUGUAUCCUACAAGGAGGAGUUCGUCCCAGACGAUGAAGGCUCGUACAAGGUGUUGCUCCAACAAGAAAAGGAAAAAAAAAUGGGAGAGAGUGUUAGAAAUUCAUUUUAUAUUAGUGAGCCAGGGAAGAUUGUUAUAACCAUUGAUAAUUUCAUGCUCAAGCAGAAGAAGGUUCUCUAUAGAUACAAAACCAAACCCACUGUUCCCAUGUACCUGAUGAUUAAGAAAUAGGAGUAGUAAAUUAAUUUUUUGGUCAUUUCUUUUCUUUACACCAACUGUCGUGGACAGACUUGGAUUGAAAAUUAUGUUGUAGAAAUGGCGAUCAUUCUUUCCCCACUUCUUGUAUUUUGUUGCAUAGUAUUUGGUUUUAUAUACUACUAAUAUUCUUGGGUACUGCUAAAUAGCAUUAUCUGAUUUGUUGUAAUGAGAAAUAUUGCAUUUACAUUUUCAAAGGACUUGAUCACUGUGUCAGUAGCAUAUGCUUAAUUUUCAAGACAUUCUGCUUAUAAAUGAACAAUUGAAACAUAUAACUGAAUCGUUGUUUCUAAACUGCCUAUUCUAAGUUUUUGGAGCCAAUUGA